GUUGUCCUUCCGUCUAAGCUCCAGUGCCAAGUGCCACCCAUCUGUACGCCAUCCUCAAUGCAUUCCAUUUGACCCCAAUCGACGACGACAAAUAAGCCAUUAUAUUAUGUUUUUGCUUUAUUAUUAUACCUGUUUGUUUUGGUGAUCCGAGGAGAAUUCGAGGGGAUUGGAAGUGGGUUUUUUUCUCUCUUUGUUGGAGUUUUUGAGCAGUUAAGAGAGAGCGAGAGAAAGUUGUGAUUCGGGGGUGUUUAGUUCGUGGGAAAACUUUGUUUGGAUUUUGGAAGGAGGUUUGGGAUGGGUUUCUUCAGUACCAUAUUGGGUUUUUGCGGUUUUGGAGUUGGGAUUUCUAUUGGUCUUGUUGCUGGGUAUUUCUUCUUCAUCUAUUUCCAACCCAGCGAUGUUCAGGAUCCUGUAAUACGUCCCUUGGUAGAGCAAGACUCAGAAACUUUGCAGCGGAUGUUUCCUGAGAUACCACUUUGGGUGAAAAAUCCAGACUAUGAUCGGGUUGACUGGAUAAACAAGUUUCUUGAGUAUAUGUGGCCAUAUCUUAACAAGGCAAUUUGCAUGACUGCAAGGAACAUUGCAAAGCCUAUAAUUGCUGAUCAAGUUCCCAAAUAUAAAAUCGAGUCUGUUGAAUUUGAAGCAUUUACGUUAGGAUCCCUGCCACCAACUUUUCAAGGCAUGAAAGUUUAUAUCACUGAUGAGAAGGAGUUGAUUAUGGAACCGUCCAUAAAAUGGGCUGCAAAUCCUAAUAUCACUGUUGCUGUUAAAGCAUUUGGGUUGAAAGCAACUGUCCAGGUGGUGGAUUUGCAAGUGUUUGCUGCACCACGUAUCACCUUGAAGCCAUUGGUUCCAAGCUUUCCUUGUUUUGCCAAAAUCUAUGUGUCUCUCAUGGACAAGCCACAUGUUGACUUUGGACUAAAGCUUAUUGGGGCUGAUCUUAUGUCAAUACCUGGCCUCUACAGGUUUGUCCAGGAGCUCAUAAAAGAUCAGGUCGCAAAAAUGUAUCUAUGGCCCCAAACCCUGGAAGUGCCUAUUUUGGAUCCAGCAAAAGCCUUUAAAAGGCCAGUCGGAAUUCUCCAUGUGAAGGUAGUGAGGGCCAUGAAACUAAAGAAGAAAGAUCUUUUAGGUGCAUCAGACCCCUAUGUGAAACUAAAGCUCACUGACGACAAGCUUCCAGCAAAGAAGACCACUGUGAAGCACAAAAACUUGAACCCUGAAUGGAAUGAGGAGUUCAGUAUCGUUGUUAAAGAUCCACAAACCCAGUCUUUAGAGCUUCGUGUCUAUGAUUGGGAGCAGGUUGGCAAACAUGACAAGAUGGGUAUGAAUGUAGUCCCUCUGAAAGAACUAUCCCCCGAGGAGCUAAAAGUUGUGACUUUGGACCUCCUUAAAAAUAUGGACUUAAACGAUGUUUCAAAUGUUUCAAAUGAAAAAUCACGUGGGCAGCUUGUGGUGGAAUUGACAUAUAAGCCUUUCAAAGAGGAAGACUUAACAGAAGGUUUCGAAGAAACUAAGACGGUACAGAAGGCGCCAGAGGGAACUCCUGCUGGUGGAGGGGUGCUGGUAGUUAUUGUUCAUGAAGCUCAAGACGUCGAAGGGAAGCACCAUACUAAUCCCUACGUACGGAUUCUUUUCAGAGGAGAAGAGAAAAGGACUAAGCACGUAAAGAAGAACAGAGAUCCAAGGUGGGAAGAGGAGUUCUCGUUUAGGCUGGAGGAGCCUCCCAUUAAUGAUAGAAUGCAUGUAGAGGUUGUCAGCAGCAGCUCAUCGAGAAUAGGCCUGCUACAUCCAAAGGAAUCACUGGGUUACAUCGAUAUCAAUCUGUCGGAUGUCGUUUCCAACAAACGAAUCAACGAGAAGUACCAUCUUAUAGACUCCAAGAAUGGACGUUUACAGAUCGAGCUGCAAUGGAGGACUCUAUGAGCUUACUCUCUUCUUGUUUUUUCUUUUUAAAAUAUUUUUUCCCUCUUUAUUGGGGGAUUUUUUUAUCUUUUUUUAAUAUUAUAUACCAUUUCAAUGUGUUUGUUCUACAUGUACAUGGUUGUACUAAUAAUUCCCAAUUGCGA